GUUAAAUAAAUGUUAAAUAAAUACAAAAAUAUGCGCGCCCCAGACCUUGGAGGGCCUCCUGGAAGCAGUGGAGACUCAUCAGAACACUCAGGCCCUGCUGAGUGGUAGCCGGGCAGAGUCGGUGACCAGUUCAAGAAGUCGGAAGGACAGCCCCACUGCUGGGUACCCAGAACCGCCAAUCGGCAGGGCCAAGACAGGGCCAAAGGACCGCAAACCCUUGUAGAGACGGCUGGGGUAGGGCCGACCCGCCACCGACGACCCCAGGUAGAUGGAGACCAAAGGUGUUUUGAGUGUGGCACCUGGGGGCACAUGGCCUUGAAUUUCCUGGGUUGAGAGGAGUCGACGCCAUCUGCAAGUCCCGGAAGCGAGGUGAGUCACACAGUGAACUACGUCACCUCCUGUUGGGCACACCACGAAUCAACUGCACCCAUGGUCCCAGUGAAGGUUGACGGACACAACACGGAAGCUCUAUUAGACUCCGGAAGUAUGGUUACACUCGUAACCACGAGCCUGCUGAACCAGGAGACCAAACGGAGUAGGGAGAUGUCCAUUUGCUGUGUUCACGGGGACACAAAGCGGUAUCCAACCGUAUGGGCCAACAUCGUGACGCCACAAGGGAACUGCCAGAUGAUGGUGGGUGUAGUACCAGAGUUGCUGGUACCUCUCCUAGUGGGACGAGAUUGUCCACUGUUCGCGGCCUGAAGCAAAUGGUUGACCAACCUGCAUCUACAGGUCCGGAGUCAGAGUCGGAGGGGGUGCUGGAACCUGACCCCCAGCUGGGGAACCACGUGAGGAAGAGCCCAGCCUCCCCUUCCUCAAUUUCGAGGGGCCACUCGAGACACCCCCUGGGGGCCAACUGAGGGGACAAUUCGGGACGGCCCAGUGGGAGGACCCUAGCUUGAAAUCCGCCCAUAGCCCAAGUGAUAGCGGUGGAUGGACAGCUACUUCUGGGGGUGAGUGACUGGCAAUACCCCCAUUUCCAAAUCAAGAAUAACCUUUUGUAUCAGGUGUCGCGCCAACAGGGGGAACCUCGAGAGGUAUUGUUGCUGCCCCGACGGUACAUGAGAAUUGUUCUUCAGCUGGCCCACACCCACCUGUUUGGGGCGCACCUGGGAAUGGAGAAGACCCGGGAACGGAUCGCAGCCCGGUUCCACUGGCGCCGGGAUGAGGAGGGCCGUGGAAAACUACUGUCACAGCUGCCCGGAGUGUCAAAUGACUGCCGCAAAGGCACACUUCCGAAACACACUGGUCCCCCUACUGAUAAUCGGGGUGCCCUUUGAAUGCAUCGCCAUGGACAUAGUGGGACCCCUGGUAAAAACAGCACGAGGACACUAGUACAUCCUGGUAAUCGUAGACUAUGCCACCCUGUAUCCCGAGGCCAUUCCCCUACGGGCGGCGGUGUCCAAGGGAACUCCUCCAUGGGGUUUUCCCCUUUCGAACUCCUCUAUGGGAGGAGGCCACACGGCCUACUGGACCUCACCAAAAAGGUGUGAGAAGCCCAACCGACCCCCUUACACAGCGUGGUAGAGCACGUUGAGACGAUGAGGGAGCGGAUGACAGCCAUAUGGCCAGUUGUGAGAGAACAUAUGGAGAAGGCCCAAUGCGCCCAAGCCCAGGUCUACAAUCGGGGAGCCCAGCCCUGAGAAUUACAGGUGGGACACAGGGUGUUGGUCUUAAUCCCCACGGCCGAAAGUAAGUUCCUGGCAAUAUGGCACGGGCCCUACGAGGUGAAUGAGAAGCUGGGACCUGUCAAUUAUGGAAACCUCAGCAGGUUUACCACGUGAACCAGUUGAAGAAAUGGCACGAGAGGACAGCCUUGGCCGUGUUAUGGUCGGGGCCCAGAAUGCCAACGGUCCGAAUACCACUCGAGGUCCAAUGAGGACCUCGAGCCAGCCCAGAGGCAUGAGCUCAGGGAGCUCGUCGAUCGGAACAUGGCGGUGUUCUCCAAGAAGCCCGGCCGCAUGACCCUCAUUGAACACCACAUGCAUACCCGGCCCGGGGAAACGGCAUGAAAGAGGCCAUAUCGGAUUCUGUAAGCCCGAAGUAAGGCCAUGAAACAGGAAGUGGAGACUAUGCCUAGGAUGGGGGUCGUUGAAGAGUCUCACAGUGCAUGGUGCAGCCCCAUCGUGUUGGUGCCCAAACCGGACGGUAGCCUGCGCUUCUGUAAUGAUUUCCGCGGUGUGAACGACAUAAGCUUGCCUACCCUAUGCGGAAGGUGGAUGAGCUCAUCGACCGAUUGGGGAAAGGACCGGUACAUCAGCACCCUUGAUCUGACCAAAGGAUAUUGGCAGGUACCGUUGGCAAACUCCUCCCGGGAGAAGAUGGCGUUUUCGACACCAGGCGGAUUGCAUCAGUACCGUCCAUAUUUGAGAUUUUUGGUUCCAACCGCCCUGUCUUUGUGAGACGCAGAGUAGGAUGAGCUGGACCUGUCAGGGAAACACCGGGAAGUCAUGUUUGCCCUGCCAGCUGAGAAGAAAUGGCAGAUGUACUGUAGCAAAAAGAAGGAGGGAGAAGAGAGCAAGGGAGCAACUAGCUGGCCAGAGUUCUAUAUCGACCAGUUGAAUUCUAUGGCUGCUAGGAAGACCCUUAUUGCUUUGGAAAUGGAAGAUGAGGAAGAGAGGAACAAGACAAUAGAGAGUUUAAAGACAGCUCUAAGGACACAACCCAUGAGGUUUGUGACGCGGUUCAUCGACCUGGACGGUCUGACCUGCAUCCUGAACUUCCUGAAGAGCAUGGACUACGAGACCACCGAGUCCCAGAUCCACACGUCCCUGAUUGGCUGCAUCAAGGCCCUGAUGAACAACUCCCAGGGGCGCUCCCAUGUGCUCUCCCACACAGAGAGCAUCAACAUCAUUGCCCAGAGCCUGGCAACUGAGAACGUCAAGACCAAAGUGGCGGUGCUGGAGAUCAUGGGCGCUGUGUGUCUGGUGCCAGGAGGGCACAGGAAGAUCCUGGAGGCAAUGCUGCACUAUCAGAAGUUUGCUUGCGAGAGGACUCGCUUCCAGACUCUGCUGAAUGACCUGGACAGGAGUACGGGGCGCUACAGGGACGAGGUCAACCUGAAAACAGCCAUCAUGUCCUUCAUCAAUGCAGUGCUUAGUCAGGGAGCAGGGGAGUCGAGCUUUGAGUUCAGAAUUCACCUGCGAUACGAGUUCCUUAUGUUGGGCAUCCAGCCAAUCAUCGAUAAACUGAGGUCUCACGACAACUCAACGUUAGACAGGCAUUUGGACUUCUUUGAGAUGCUGAGAAACGAGGAUGAACUAUCUUUGGCAAAACGCUUUGACACUGUGCACAUUGACACAAAAAGUGCCACGCAAGUGUUUGAGCUCAUAAAGAAGAAGAUGAACCACACAGAUGCACACCCGCACUUUAUAUCUGUCUUACAGCACUGUCUCCUUAUGCCUUACAAGCGUAGUGGGAACACAGUGCAUUACUGGCUCCUCCUGGACCGCAUCGUCCAGCAGAUCGUCCUGCAGAACGACAAAGGUCAUGACCCUGACGUCACCCCCCUGGAGAACUUCAACGUGAAGAACGUGGUGCGAAUGCUGGUCAACGAGAAUGAAGUCAAACAAUGGAAAGAACAGGCUGAGAAAAUGAGAAAAGAGCACCAUGAGCUGCAGCAGAAGUUUGAUAAGAAGGAACGCGAGUGUGAGGCCAAGACCCAGGAGAAGGAGGACAUGAUGCAGACGCUGAAUAAGAUGAAGGAGAAGCUGGAGAAGGAGUCCAGCGAACACAAGCAGGUCAAGCAGCAGGUGGCCGACCUCUCCGCCCGGCUGCAUGACCUCAGCACUAGGCCAAAUGCAAGUGUUCCUGGUGGCCAUCCACUCAUACCUGGGGCCCCUGGAGGUCCCAUACCACCCCCUCCCAUGCAGGCUGCCAUGCCCCCACCCCCUCCACCACCCCCUGGGGGCAUGCCUCCACCGCCACCCCCUCUACCCGGUGGCCCUCCUCCUCCUCCAGGCAUGGGUCCCCCUCCUCCACCUGGAGCUCCCAUGGGACCAGGGCUGAAAAAGAACAUCCCCCAGCCCUCCAACCCACUCAAGUCAUUCAACUGGGCCAAGCUGGCUGAGAAUAAGCUGGAGGGCACUGUGUGGACGGACGUAGAUGACAUCAAGGUUUUCAAAAUCCUGGACCUUGAGGACAUCGAGAAGACCUUCUCUGCAUACCAGAGACAGCAGGACUUCUUAACAAUGAACAAUAACAAGAAAGAGUCCGAAGAUGAUACUGUGACCUCCAAGAAGGUCAAGGAGCUGUCAGUCAUUGACGGUCGCAGAGCCCAGAACUGUAACAUCCUCCUCUCUCGCCUGAAGCUGACCAAUGAGGAGAUCAAGAGGGCCAUCCUGACUAUGGACGAACAAGAGGAUCUGCCCAAAGACAUGCUGGAGCAGCUGCUAAAGUUUGUCCCAGAGAAGAGUGACGUGGAUCUCCUGGAGGAGCACAAGCAUGAGCUGGACCGCAUGGCCAAAGCUGACCGCUUCCUCUACGAGAUGAGCAGGAUCAACCAUUACCAGCAGAGGUUGCAGUCCCUCUACUUCAAAAAGAAGUUUGCUGAAAGAAUCGUCGAAGUCAAACCUAAAGUUGAAGCUCUAACCAGGGCCUCUAAAGAGAUGCUGCAGAGCCGCAACCUCAAGCAGCUUCUGGAAGUGGUCCUGGCCUUUGGUAACUACAUGAACAAGGGCCAGAGGGGAAACGCCUAUGGCUUCAAAGUGUCCUCACUCAACAAGAUCGCUGACACCAAGUCCAGCAUUGACAAGAACAUUACUCUGCUGCAUUACCUGAUCACCAUCCUGGAGCAGAAGUAUCCCAAAGUGGCUGUGUUCCAGGAGGAGCUUCAGAGUGUUCCAGAGGCAGCUAAAGUCAAUAUGACAGAGCUGGAGAAAGACAUCAACAAUCUACGCUCUGGUCUGAAGAGUGUGGAGCUGGAGCUGGAUUUCCAGAGAGGUCUUCCUCAGGUUUCGGGGGAUAAGUUUGUGUCUGUGGUGAGCCAUUUCAUCACUGUGGCCAGCUUCAGCUUUUCAGAGGUGGAUGAUUCUCUGACUGAGGCCAAGGAGCUGUUUCUGAAGGCAGUGCAGCAUUUUGGAGAGGAUGCAACCCGUAUGCAGCCUGACGAGUUCUUUGGAAUCUUCGACCAAUUCCUGCAGGCGUUCGCUGACGCUAAGCAGGAGAAUGAGAACAUGCGCAGACGCAAGGAGGAAGAGGAACGACGGGCCCGCAUGGAAGCACAGCUGAAGGAGCAGAGGGAGAAGGAGCGCAAGGCCAAGAAGGCAAAGGAGAACUGUGAGGAGGACGGUGAAUUUGACGACCUCGUUUCAGCCCUGCGCUCCGGGGAGGUGUUCGAUAAGGACUUGUCCAAGAUGAAACGCAACCGCAAACGUGUCAACUCAUCAGCUGAGACCAGCAGGGAGCGACCCGUCACCAAACUGAACCUCUGAAACAACUGAUCCUGUCUUACUGGAGCUAAGCUAUGCUGCCCUCUGGUGUCCUGGCAUGAGCCUAAUGCCCCCAGUUUUGGGAGUGGACAGAAUUCACUUCUAAAACGGAACUGAGCAGGAAAGGUGGUGGACAGACCUCUACUUACUCUUCUGCUACUCAAGCAACAAUAACCCAGAGCUUAUGUCCAUCUGGAAACAGACAUAUAAGAUAUUACUUCCUCAGAAAACCAUGAACUAUGGAUAAGGAGUGACUCUCUAAGCUAUUUGUGUUAAUUGCCAAAACCUACACUUUUAAAAUGCUGUGCUCUGAAUGACAGUUUUUCUCCUGUUGUGGAUGGGACACUUUUUUUAAUAGCAUAGGGCUUGUUGCCCUGGAGUAGGACACUCUUCUUGACCCUUCCUACCUGCAAAAAUUAGCAGGAAGUGGAAUGGAAAGCCAGGGGUCACACGCGCACACACCGGCUGCGACACAUUUCCUCUUUUAAACGGGAGAAAGUGGAACUUCUUUCCUGCUAUUGUGUUCAGUCAGUCAGACACCUCUAGAGAUUACAGUAGAGGAUGCCAACCCCAUGCAGAGAAACAGUGUCUCUUGAAGCACAAUCCAUCAUGUAUGAAUUACGUUUUUGAGAUGAGCAAAAACGCAUAACAAGAAACACAUUUUAAUACUGUUUUUAUCACAAUUUUGCAAAGACCUAAUUUAGAUAUUUAAAACCAAAUCAAAGAUACAAUAUUACCAUUUUAUUAGAGCCUAUAACUUUCAUCUAUAAAAUACUCCAUUAGAACUGAAAUAUACAGUAUUGUAGAAGAGUAGGAUCUCAUUUUAGGCCUGCUGACUUGAAAGGACAGUGUCACUGUUUCUAUAUUAUUUGAAGAGUUACCAAAAAUAAUUGCUCUUCCUCUGGUCAUCCUAACACCCGGAGGAUAUCAGUCUGGAAACUAUGCAGCCCAACAUUUGUUUUUGUGUUCAUUACUGCCAUGUACCAGUCAAAAGUUUGGACACACCUACUCGUUCAAGGGCGUUUCUUUAUGUGUACUAUUUUCUACAUUGUAGAAUAAUAGUGACAACGUCUAAACUAUGAAAUAACACAUAUAGAACCAUG